AUGAGCUCAACGAGCCAAUCCGACUUCCCUAACGGGUCGGGCAAUCGCUUGUACCUCAAGGACACACAAGGGUACAAGAGCUGGUCACAACGUGCGUUUAUCAAUCUUCGAGCCGACAAACUAUGGGAUGUCGUCAACCAAUCCAUCGACUCCCUUGUCGCGGACUAUCGGUCCACGCUCGUUAUCGCACAUCCAACGGCGUCCGUCGCGCCACUUGAACCAGCCUCCCCCGGCUUUAGCGGGCUUGGGGGGGGGGGGGGGGGGGGGGGCUCUGGUUCUGCGCACUCGGACGAAUUGCCCAGGCUCACCAGCGUUCAAGUUGCGGACAAGGUCGCGGAAUAUCGCGAACGGGCCAUCCGCCGCAACGACUUGGCAUGCAAACACAUCGCCAAUUCGAUCUCUGAGGAGCAGAUGUCUCACCUGAUACAUCUCACCUCGGCGUACGAGAUGUGGGACACCCUCCGAGGCCUCCACUCUCACGGUCGCCCGAGUCGUACUAUGGACCUCCUCAAUACUCUGGCACAACCCUACGCUGGGGAUAUCCCAUUUAAAGAAUUCGUCAACAAGGUCAAGAUUGCCAUGACCGAUUUUCAGAACCUCGGAGCUCCGCUUCCGCAUUGGUUGUUUGCAGGCAUGCUCGUUCCGUCGCUCCCAGCCCAGUAUGACUCGAUCGUUGGGAACCUUGCCUCAGAUAUCGACAUUCACAUGGAUUGGAACACGUUCUAUCCGAAACUCCUGAUGAACGUCGAGAUGGCUGAUUCCCGAAACAAACAAAAGGAAUCGUUAUCCGCUCGGAUCGUUGACGAUACCAGCCUCGUCGCCCGUAUUUCCACCACGGCGCGGAAGGACUACUCCAAGUCGUACUGUUCGCGCUGCAAAGCACUGGGACACGAGCGUGGUUGGCGUCUCUGUCCAAGCAGGAACAAGGAUGCGAGCGCUCCCGUUUCCUCGGACUCAAACUCGAACGUAGCUGCCAUUGGUGUAGAUGAAUCUGCAUUGAUGACCUACACUUUCCCUUAUUCUCGAACGAUGCCACGUUUUCCAUGGAUCAUCGACUCGGGUGCCAAAGUCCAUUGCGUUGGAGACAAGUCGGUACUAUCGGACGUUAUCUCUGAGCCUCUCAAAAUUUCUGUCGCCGAUCAAUCCCAAAUCGACUCUCCCGGUCAUGGCUCAGUGACGUUCCUUACCUCCUAUGGCUCUCGUAUCACCAUUAAAAGGGUCUACUACAUGCCCGGUGCUCAGUGCGGUUUCAUUUCGAUCGAUCGUCUCUUGGAAUCGAUGACGUAUGCUGUUGGUCCUCAGAACAAUCUCAUCUUCAGCAUCCGCGGCAAGUCGAUUCUACGCUCACGUCCUGGUCGAGGGUUUGUCAUGGACGCAACUCCGGUUCAGCCUAUUAUGUCGUCCUCAUCACCCUCCAUGGUCGGAGCCAAUCGUCUCACUGGAACGUGCACGUUGAUGGAAGCACAUCGGAAGCUGGGCCAUCAGUCUCCUGCGGCGAUCGUUUUGGCCGUUAAAUCCGGAGCUAUCACCGGCAUCACUCUGAAGGACGAAAAGGUUACUUCUUGCUUCUCGUGCAUCCAGGCCAAGUCAAAGCGAUCACCCUUCUCCGCCAAGAGUACCGAAGCACCUCAUGCCCUCUACCGCGUCUUCAUCGAUCUUGGGUUCGUCGAGCAUCCCAAUCACCAUGGCGAUACUAUCUAUCUCGCUAUUGUGGAUCAGUAUUCGACGGCUAAAUGGACGAUGGUGCUGAAGGACAAGAGGGCUGAAUCGAUUGUCGAUGCUUGGUCGAAGUUUCAAGUCGAGGCUGAACGUCAAACGGGUCAGAAGAUCAAGAGGGUCAGAUCGGACAAUGGUCGUGAAUUCGAUAACUCAAUGUUCCGGGAUCUUCUUGUAAAGCAGGGCAUCAUCGUGGAAUUCACGGCCCCCUAUACUCCGGAGCAAAAUGGUCAAGUAGAGCGGCUCAAUGGAUCUCUCAUGGGUCUCGUUCGCUCGAUGCUCCUCGACUCCGGUCUUCCAAUGCGAUUCUGGUCAGAUGCUCUGGCCGUCGCGACAUUUGUUCUCAAUCGUCGACCACAUCCUCGUAUCCAAGGAAAAACGGCAAUCGAAGUCCUUCUAGGCAAGAAGCCUAAUCUUGCUCAUCUUCAGCCAUUCGGAUCUACGGCGUUUGUCCACGUUCCCAAGGAGCGUCGAACCAAGCUUGUACCUCGCUCCAUUCAGGGAGUUUUCAUCGGGUACUCCGGUGAAUACAACUACCGUGUCUGGGUCCAAUCGUCGAACCAGGUCUACGUUUCGCGUCACGUCACAAUCAUCGGGACUCCUUCCGUCGUCACUUCGUCUCAAGAUCGCGCGGACGCUUCCGGUCCCGUUCAUCAUCCUCAACCUCAUCCGCCAGAUGUGUUGCCGUCUACACCGGCCUCGCCUGUUGUGGGUCCAACUUUUCCGGAUCCACAGCCUCCUCCGGUGGUCCCAAUUGGCGUCGGUCAACAGGGGGGGGAUCUUGCAGUCGUUCCUCGGAAGGAUGACGACAAUGACGACAACGAUGGACCUGACGAUGGACCUGAUGACUACCAUGACGCAGAAGAACCACUCGACGGUGAGGCGGAAGUCGCUCUCGCUCCUCGUGAAGGUUACGCCAUCGUGCGCACUGGUCCAAAUCCUGGGCAGUUCGAGAAUGUCAACUCUUCCAACAUCCUUCCUGCUGGGUCUCGUCGCCGACCUCAACCUCCGGAAGUUAUCCUUCCUAUCAUUGCGGCUAUCAUGGUCGAUGUAUUGGAUACUCCACCCAUGUUCCUCGACAAGCUUUCCUACGAUGCCUACUGUGCUGCCGUGUUCGCCGAAGAAGACAUCGAGAUACCCAAGACAUUCGAGGAAGCCAUGAAGUCACCUAUCGCAACCAUUGGAGUGCGGCAAUGGUCUCAGAACUUCUACAAUUCGAUCAUCAUGGAGUCUUUCAGGAAGUCAAGUGGCACGAAGGAAUUCGGGUACUCGGCACGAUCUGGGUCUACAGUAUCAAGCGCGAUGCAAGCGGCAAAAUCAUUCGUUUCAAAGCUCGCCUUGUUGCUCAAGGUUUCGCCCAACGUCCUGGCAUCGACUACCAUGACACCUACGCUCCUGUCGCUCGCUCGUCGACUAUCCUAUUCUUGAUUGCUCUGGCUGCUGCUCAGGGUCUGCAUCUCGAACAGUUCGAUUUCGACUGCGCCUUUCUCAAUGGCAAGAUGACCGAGGAUGUUUACGUUCGAUAUCCGAAAGGAUGGAAUGGUCCUCAAUCCCCUGGCAAAUGUCUCAAGCUCGUGGGCUCGAUGUAUGGUACCAAGCAAACCCCUCGUGAAUGGUAUCGAGCUGUCAACGAUCUCAUGGUGUCUCGAGGCUACAUGAGGGCAACUGCAGAUGCUUGCCUCUACAUCAAACAUUCGGGCACUUCGUUUGCUAUCAUCACUCUCUAUGUUGACGACGGUCUCAUCGCGUCCAACAAUCAGUCCUUCUUGGACUCCGAGCUCGCAUCGCUUCACAAGGCCUUCAAGCUCAAGCGUCUCGGACCCGUCUCCUACUUUCUGGGCUUCGAAAUCCAUCGCACCAAGGAUCACAUCCUCGUCCACCAAAGCAAGUAUGUCCGCACUAUGCUCGAGAAGUUCGAUUUCGCUUCUCUAUCCAAGCGCCGUGCAGUCACGCCCAUGGACGAUCGCCCCUCGCUUCGAAUCGACACUACUCCGUUUGCCGAUGUUUCAUUGUACCAAUCGGCGGUGGGUUCCCUCCAGUACGCGUCCACUCGAUGUCGACCCGAUAUCGCGAUUGCUGUUCGUGCUGUUGCUCAAAAGAACUCCUGUCCGACUGUCGACGAUUGGGCUGCGGUCAAGCGUAUAUUUCGCUACCUCAACAGCACCAUCGAUUUGGGAAUUCUUUAUCGCAACAGUUCUACAACUCGAUUGAUGGUCUACUCCGAUGCCUCGUUUGCGGACGACCCGGAAUCUCGCAGAUCGGUGGGAGCCUACGCAUCAAUGCUCGCUGGUGGCGUCAUCUCCUGGCAGUCGAAGCAAACAAUCCAUGAUCGCUACAUCCACUACCGAAGCCGAAAUCCUCUCUGCAUCCUCAGCCACUCGUGAAGCAAUCUGGCUCCGUCGUUUGGCUGGUGAUGUCGGCAUUCCACAAGCACACCCUACUAUCAUUCAAGAGGACAACGCUGCAUGCAUCCAGAUCGCCAAGGAUCCGGUCGAUCACAUGCGAACCAAACACUUCGACAUUGCUCACUUGUUUGUUCGAGAACGGGUUGCUUCUGGCGAGGUUGAACUUGAAUACUGCCCUACCCACGUCAAUGCCGCGGAUAUUAUGACAAAGCCUUUGGGAUUUCAACGCUUUGAUCAACUUCGUGCGCUACUUGGAAUGGUCUCGUUAGUCUCUUUGACCGGUGGGAGUGUUAGAGGUGGGGUCUGA